AUGCACGUUACAAUUGACGCCGAAGUACGUCUGCACAGCGGGGAAACAGAGUGCUCAAGAUUCACUUCUGUCUCCUGCGUAGGGCAAACAUCCACAAAGAAUUGUUGUGCCUUCCAUUUUUCACUGAAAGAAAUGAACUUCCAAGCCAUCAUUUGUUCUUUUAUCACCGCAAUCGGUACUGUUAUGAUCUGCAUGACAACGAGAACUGUAGAUGACGAUGGUGAAUUUAAAGGAACAGCGAAAACAGUAAUUCUGGCGAUUGGGAUUGCGUUGACAGCAAUCGGCGGACUUGGAUACACCUUCACUGUCUACGAAGUGAUUAAAAGAGGCCAUGAGAAGCUUCUGAAACAAGAGAAACGAAAGCUUGAGAAACAGGUCCAUCGCAGGAGGAAGGAAACUGCGGCAAAGGAAUUGGCCAGGAAAGAAACAGGGAGGAUGGCAAGUGAUGAAAUUCUCAUGGAAGCAGGCGAAAUUUGGAUCGAGAAAAUUUGA